CGUCUCCUCGGGCUCUCCCGGGUCCUCACGGGCCCCGCGCCCCGUUCUGGGGUCACCGAGCGCCACCGGGGCCCCCUCGGGAUCCUCCCCCGGUUCUCCCCGGUCUCCCCCGCCCUCCUGGUGCGCCCGGAGCGUGACCCCGCCGCGGCCCCGCCCCGUGACGUCAUCACGCCGCGCCCUCCGCUGCAAGAUGGCGGCGGCCGGGCGGGGCUGAGCGGGCCCGGGCAGCCCCGGUGUCCCCGCCAUGCUGCCCCGGGCCGCUUGGGCGGCUCUCCGGUAACACCGGGCGGCUCCCCGGUAACACCGGGCGGCUCCCCGGUAACUCCGGGCGGCCCCGCGAUGCUGCGGCGGCUGCUGGAGCGGCCGUGCUCGCUGGCGCUGCUGGUCGGGUGCCAGUUCGCCUUCGUGGCGUAUUUCUCGCUCGGUGGUUUCCGGAACCUCACGGCGCUGUUCGGUCGCUCCGCCGGUCCCGCCGUGGAUUAUUCCCGGACUCACGACGUGUACGCCAACCUCAGCCGCGUCGGCGGCGGCACCGGGAACGGCCCCGCCGCCACGCCGGACCCAGCAAGGCCGCUGCCGUUCUGCCCCGAGAGAUCGCCGUUCCUCGUGGGCCCCCUGGCCGUCUCCUUCUCGCGGGCGCCCUCGCUGGAGCAGAUCCAGGCCAAGAACCCGGGCGUGCGGCGGGGCGGGCGCUACCGGCCGCCGCGGUGCGAGGCGCGCUCCAGGACCGCGGUCAUCGUGCCGCACCGCAACCGUGAGGCGCACCUGGGCCACCUGCUCUACUACCUGCACCCCUUCCUGCAGCGCCAGCAGCUGCACUACGGCAUCUACGUCGUGCACCAGGCCGGGAACUGCACGUUUAACCGGGCCAAGCUGCUGAACGUGGGCGUGAAGGAGGCGCUGAAGGACGAGGACUGGGACUGCCUGUUCCUGCACGACGUGGACCUGAUCCCCGAGAACGACCACAACCUGUACACGUGCGACCCCUGGAACCCCAAACACGCCUCCGUGGCCAUGAACAAAUUCGGGUACAGCCUGCCGUACCCGCAGUAUUUCGGGGGUGUCUCGGCGCUGACCCCCGACCAGUACAUGAAGAUCAACGGGUUCCCCAACGAGUACUGGGGCUGGGGGGGUGAGGACGAUGACAUCGCCACCAGGGUGCGCCUGGCCGGCAUGAAGAUCUCACGCCCUCCCGUCUCCAUCGGCCACUACAAAAUGGUCAAACACAAGAGCGACAAAGGCAACGAGGAGAACCCGCACAGGUUCGACCUGCUGGUGCGGACGCAGCGCACGUGGACGCAGGACGGCAUGAACUCGCUGAGCUACGCGCUGCUGGCGCGGGAGCUGCGCCCGCUCUACACCAACCUCACGGCUGACAUCGGCUGCGACCCCCGCGGCCGCCCCGGCGCCGCCCCCGCCAGCCGCUUCCGCCAGGAGAUGCUGCGCAAACCCCCCCGCGAGGGCCUGCCCGCCCUGGCGCUGGCGCCACCACCUCCCCGCGGUGACAACGGCACGGUGACAGCGGCGACAGCGCGGGCCGGGGACAAUCAGAGCGUGGCACCGCCCCCGCCCUGAGCGCCCCCACCCACCCCGCAUCGACACCCCCGGGGGCGGUGUGGACUCUGGGAUGGGGGGGGACAGGGACACAGGGACAUCCCAGGGGGGACAGGACAGGGGACACCCCCUGGGACACCCCUGGGUGGGACAGGACAGGGGACACCCCUUGGGGGGACAGGGACAUCCCAAGGGGGACAGGGAUACCCCCAGGGGGAGACAUAGGGCUCUCCCAGCUCUGCUCCCCCCCCGCUGGGGUUUUGGGGUCCCCGAUGGGGUUUUGAGGUCCUCGUUGGGGUUUGAGGUCCCCAGAUCGGUUUUAGGGUCCCUGGCUGGGUUUUGGGGUCCCCGGUGAUGUUCUGAGGUCCCCAGAUCAGUUUUGGGGUCCCUGGCUGGGUUUUGGGGACCCCGAUGGGGUUCUGAGGUCCCCAGAUCGGUUUUGAGGUCCCCACUGGGAUUUUGGGGUCCCCGGUGAUGUUCUGAGAUCCCCAGAUCAGUUUUGGGGUCCCCGUUGGGGUUUGAGGUCCCCAGAUCAGUUUUAGGGUCCCUGGCUGGGUUUUGGGGUCCCCGGUGUGGUUUUGGGGUCCCCGGAUCGGUUUUGGGGUCCCCGGCUGGGGCACGCGGGUAUUUAUUGUAUUUAUGAGCCGCUCCCUGGACCUUUCUAAACGGUUUUUUUCAAUUAAAAAAA